AGGUCACUUUUACUUACAGCUUCAUUCAAAGGUCACGAGAAGAAAAUCCGUGACGUUUUUGAACAAAAAAACCUUGUAAGAGAGAACUUUAUAAGAUGAAAGACCUUGGGAUUGUAGAGAAUUGGACAUGUGAAGGUGUAUCAGUCUGGCUAGAGAGUCAGGAUUUAGGCGAGUACUGCGAGCUUUUAUCAAAAUUUCACAAAAUUGAUGGCAAGGCACUUCUGUCUCUGACCGAAGAAGAUCUAAGAACACCACCUGUUUGCAUAAGCAUUCUAGGAGAUGUAAAGAGGCUUAUCCGAGCUAUUGAAGAGCUAAAACGGGAAAAGAAUCCACUAGAUUCUGCGAGUAGUACAUCAGAUUGCUCUGUGGGCUCUGAUGAUAGCAACUGCCAGAAGAGUGCUCAUCCAGCUGCCAGGAAUAGAUCUUCUCGUGAAAGCUCGUAUUCGUCUGUUUCGAAAAAGAAAAAAUACCGAAAUAAAAAGGAAGAGAAAUCAUUUGAUCGUCUAGAUUCUUUUUCACACGAUGAAGAGGACAAUAAAGGUGAAGUUUACGACAAUGACGACGAUAUGUCGGAGAUAUCAAGAACGAUGAUCAGUGUUGCCUACCUUUGGUCGUCCCUUCUUUUUACCUCCUUUAUUAUGACAUUAGCACACGACCGCGUUCCUGAUAUGAAAACAUACCCUCCAUUGCCAGACAUAGUCCUUGACAAUAUCCCAUUCAUUCCUUGGGCCUUUGAAAUGUGCGAGGUUUGUGCUUGUGCUCUUGGCCUCAUGUGGUUGCUCGUGCUUAUUUUCCACAAGCAUCGUCUCAUCCUUAUUCGAAGGAUGUGUGCUUUAUCUGGAACAAUCUUCCUUCUGCGGGCAUUUACCAUGUAUGUGACAUCAAUGAGUGUGCCAGGAGUCCAUCUGGAUUGUAAUUCAGCAGUUUAUGGAAACUUCCAAGCCCGUUUUAAGAGAGCUUUAGAAAUAUUCUUUGGAAUGGGAAUGGCUCUAAGUGGAGUCAGAACAUGUGGGGAUUACAUGUUUAGUGGUCACACAUCGGUUGUGACUUUACUGAACUUUUUAAUAACAGAAUAUACCCCAAGACGCUGGUAUUUUAUACACACAUUCUGUUGGCUUUUAAAUGCAUUUGCCAUAUUUUUUAUCCUUGCAGCUCAUGAGCAUUAUACAAUCGAUGUAGUGAUUGCCUUUUAUAUAUCAUCACGUUUAUUCCUUUAUUAUCACACAUUGGCAUGUUCCUCGAUCUUCAAUAGGUCUGAAUUGAAGCGCACUCGCAUUUGGUUUCCCCUCUUUUGGUUUUUUGAAAGUAGUAGUAAAGGAAGAAUACCAAAUGAGUUUGAAUGGCCAUUCAGCCUGGAAUCAUUUAAGAAGUUGAUCACAUCAAAAGGCAAUUCAAAUGAUGGUAAAUUGGAUUAAACAUGCUGUUUAGAGCUUCAAGUGAAUACUUUUUUGUAUCCAAUAAUUAUGAAAUAAGAAUUAAUGUUAGUUACCUAUUUCUAAUCUUUGAAAAAGCAGAUUGUUUUCUUUAUCUUGUAUCUUUCAUUAUUAUGUGAUCAAAGUUUGAACAAAA